UCGGUAAAUUCACGCGUGUUUUGGAAACGUGGGUCAACAAUGCUUCCCCCGUGUAAUGCGGAAAAAUAAGUUUUCUGAAAGGGGAAGUCCCUUCUUUCGACUGGGGACCCGUUUGUUGUUUUAAUUUCCCUCACGUAAUUAUGCCCAGAGUUUGAUUAAUGUGAAAAACCAAACAGUCCCUGCUGAGGCGUCAUAUUUAGGAAAAAAGUCUCAACUGCUACAUUAUGUUUUCUUUUCAACAGUUUCCCAGCCUUAUUGCGGACUCUACUUUUGUUCUUUUUCGCAAAUUUCUUCCUUUCGUUCCUCCUCCCCAAAUCAGUGAAAAAUAUAUCGUCUGUCUGUGGGGACCGAUUAAUGUUUUAUGUUUUCUUCGCAUUUUCAAUGGCCCACGCUUGUCUUUUGCAUCUAUGAAAGAGUCUGUUUUGUUUUUACUUAAGUAGACUUGCUUUCACGAGCUGCGUGGUGUCAAGAUUUUAAGAAAUGGCGGAAUACAAUGAUAGUUCCACAAAACAAGCUUCCGAGCGAAGGAGACAGUUGAAAAUGAAUUUUCAACCAUCACCGGGUAGUUUUUCGUUUCCAACGAGUGCGUCAGGAAACUCGAACACAGAUGCUUUCAAGCACCUGAGUAUGAGACCAACAAUCCCAAGCUCAAGACAUGGAGGUGAUAACACUACGAUGAACUCAAGCCCCAGUAGGGCUAGAACCACUGUGCCUGUUGUGAGACCUCUUAAUCAGGAGGCAUCCAGGUUGCGUGGAUUGAAUAUGCAAUCAUCAGGAAAGCUUCAAAUUUCUCCAGACACUGUGUAUGAUUUCACUUCAGAAGAUCUUCAGGACAUGGGAGAAAUUGGUCGAGGUGCCUUUGGAACUGUAAAUAAGAUGGAGCAUCGGAAAAGUAGAACUGUCAUGGCUGUAAAGAGGAUCCGCUCAACUGUUGAUGAGAAAGAGCAGAAGCAGCUCUUGAUGGACCUGGAUGUGGUGAUGAAGUCCAAUGAGUGUCCUUGCAUUGUACAAUUUUAUGGAGCGCUCUUUAAGGAAGGCGAUUGUUGGAUUUGUAUGGAACUCAUGGAUUCUUCUCUAGAUAAAUUUUAUAAAUUCAUCUAUGAAAAUCAAAGGAAAAGGAUACCAGAGAGCAUUUUGGGGAAAAUAACGGUUGCAACUGUUCAAGCUCUAAACUAUUUAAAGGAACAGUUGAAAAUAAUUCACAGAGAUGUGAAGCCUUCUAACAUACUUCUUGAUAAAAGAGGAAAUAUUAAAUUGUGCGACUUUGGCAUCUCCGGCCAGCUCGUUGAUUCAAUUGCACGUACUCGAGAUGCGGGCUGUCGUCCAUACAUGGCUCCUGAAAGAAUUGACCCGCAAAGAGCACGUGGAUAUGAUGUUCGCUCUGAUGUCUGGUCAUUGGGUAUUACUUUAAUGGAGGUGGCCACAGGCCAUUUUCCAUAUCCAAAAUGGAAUUCUGUCUUUGAACAGCUAUACCAAGUUGUGCAGGGUGAUGCACCACAGUUAGAACCUUACCAUAACGGCAAUCACUUCACAGAGGAGUUUGUUACCUUUGUUAAUACAUGUCUCAUCAAAGAAGAAACCCAAAGGCCUAAGUACAAUAGGCUCUUGGAACAUGAUUUUAUUAAACGUAGCGAGACUGAAAAGGUUGAUGUUGCAGCUUAUGUUUGCUCAGUUUUGGAUGACAUGGCUAAUAAUGGUAUUGCUGCUUUCACCACAGACCAGCCAUGAUUUUAAUAUUAAUUUCUUCAGACCUACCCGUCCAAAUUGCUUGAUUCAAUUAAUGUCGAAAGCCAUUAAAUUAUCUUAGCAUUUUGCAGAACAUCAAGAUGUGGUUGCUUGUUGUUUGCAUUUCAGGCUCAGGUAACCCUUUGUUGCAUGGUUACAUUUGUAAACCGUCCCUUUUAAAACUAUUCUAUAUUUGCAUUUAUAGUGUUGUCUGCUAAAAUGAUUCCCUCAGAACAGAAAUAGAAAUUAGUUUCACCAGAAUCUGAGUUGUAGUCAAAAUCGCUGAUAAUUUCUGUCUAAUCAAUUUAUUGCCAACAUCAUAAACUCAAGAGGUAUUCAAGUUGAAAUUAGAUUUUAGCUUUGAAGAUUACCUGUGGUCACAAUAUGCAUUAGCAUUUAAUGAAUUUUGUUUUUAGGUAGGUAGUUCAAUUAGUUCAUUGUUAUUGCUGAGACCCCAUGUGUCGUACUGUUAAAAAGUUAAUUUAGUUCCUGAGAGCGAUUGUACUGUAUUAAGCUCUUUUCACAUUUUGCAUUAGGGGAGCUAAUUUUUUUUAUGUAGUCUAUCAAUCACUCAAACAUUGAGAUUAAAGCUUUCACUUUCCAGCUUUACUUGUCACAACUACAUAAGAGUAAUGAGCUUACUCGGCCAUUUAGACUGUUUAAUUUAUGAAAGCUUUGGCAAGGCUGUGAAACUUUACAGCAACAAGCAAGAUGUUACUGUAAAUGCAAUUUUAAGUGCAGAAAUGAAAAUAGUUUGCACCAAUUGCACUAAUACAUAUUAUUAUGUUUAUGUGUUUUAAGUUUUCAGUCCUAAUAUGUGCCGUACAAUCAAUGACAUGAAAUAUUAAGAAAAUUGUAGAGGACUUGUUCAAGAAAUGUCUGUUGUCUUGUGACGCUGAGAACAAGUUCACAGCUUUGCUUUGUUUGUUGAAUGCCAUAGUAUAUCAGUAAUUUUUCUGGUGUGUUUUGCUGGACUGUGAAGAUUUUUCAUAUAGGUAUUAGUUUUUUACUUCAUAAAGCAAUGUAUGUAAGCAGUAAUUGUAAUCAGCCAUUUUUCGAAGGGAAGUUUUCCAACUUGUCAACUGGUUCCCUUUUGCUCCGGAAACCCUGCCGGGUAACAAUACUUAUUUUUAUCUGUGAUGCACUUUUAAAAGGAAGAGAAAAAAGAAAGAAGAUAGAAUCUGAUACAAUAUGUUCUCAUUACCUAUAUAGAGGUGUAGCUCAGGGAAAUGUUGUGAAUUUCUGAUUAUUAUUCAGAGAAACAAAAUAUCCCAGCACCAUAAUGCUGAAAUUUGCUCUGAUGCUCCAAAAUUUGUAAAUGCUUUAUUUUAUAUUGUUUGUAAUGUUGUUUCUCCUAUUCAUCUGCACUUUGAGCAUGAACUGAAUAUAUAGGAGCAGAUGGACGAUUUAGUAAUCAAAACUUGUAGUAGCUAUUGUUAAGUGUUUUGAAGAAAGCUGCUUCAUUUUAAUUUUAUUUAGAUGAAAUAUUUUCCUUUCUCCAUUUCUUUGUUUAAGAUUUAGUAGGUAUUUUUUAUUAUAUUGAUAUAGUAAGCUUUUGCAUUUUCCAAGAGACUGGUUUGCAAGCCUUUUUGCUACAAGCAAUUUUAAUCAUUGCAUUUUAUUACCUAUAUUCAAUCAAAGUUUUUCUUGUUAAAAUGUUGUAGAUCAAGCACACCGUUUUGCAAACUUGACAAUAAAGAGGGUUUGAUUGUUAUGCAUACACUUUAUAAUGCACUCAAUGCUAAUCUUUUCCAAUUCAUAGUGUACACAUAACUUACUGUACAAAAUCUAGGCUGCAGUCUUUGUUUUAUUUUUGCCACUUAAGGAACCACAUAGUGAUCAUUGUAUGUAAGAAAUAUAGGAUGUAUUUAUUUAGAUCUGUAGGUCUACAAAGAUAGGAAUUAAAAGUGUGUUAAGGAAGGCCAUAGCUGUUCACAGGAACAUUUUUAAUACAUUGUAAGACCCUGUGGCAAUUCCAAUGAAAGAAAUUACGUGUACAAAGUUUGACUAUUUGGACUGAAUAAAGUUUAACCUUGUUCUGGUUUUA